AUGGCCUAUAGAGAUGUAUAUCGUGAUACACGGAUGGCAACCGAGCUUGCAAUAUUGACUGGUCUGUUAUCCAAACAUUUGUUGUUGUUGCUUGCUUGCUUUUAACAGAAAGUAUACAGCUUGUUUUGGCUUCUUUGUGCAAUGUCGUAUUUUGAUGUAUAUACACAUGUUAGUUAGAUGGUCAGCCAUUUAAAAUAAACACCGAUGUGAAAUACAGCACUUGAGAGAAAUCCCAUCCAUCGAAAUGUUUUAGGAAAUACCUUGAAAUUUUAGCACAUAAAUAAAAGAUUACGGUUGACAACCACUCUCACUUUCAAAACAACCACUAUCCGAUGAUAUUUUGCAUGGUUUUAUGCUUGUAACAAAAAAUUCCAUCGACAAUGUUUUGUAGACACUUUUUGGUCAUCUAAAUAAUAUGGCUCAUUUGGGCUCAUUAUAUAAUAAAAGUUAGUUCAACUUACCCCGAAUUUUCAAUUAUUUUGUGGUUAUCCAUUUAGUACGUGCGCAACUAAGGAAGAAGUGAGAUUCGGGAUUUUUGCGGUUUUAAUGUUUUAAAGACGUCACUUCUAUUGUUCUUUUCGUGCAAUGGGGAGGGAGGGAUACAAUUUUCGAAUUUUUUUGCGUGCGUAUUAAAUGGAUGGCCCCUUCAAAUAAAUUUAUUAAAAUAAUUUUACCUUUGGUCCUUCUGUGGCCCUCUCGACAUAAUAAAUAAUAUCAAAUUACAUAUUGUGUGAUAACAUUAAAGUCACAUUGCUCAGUAGGUGACACUAUGCCGCCAGUUACUUGACCUCUGUAAAGUAUAAUUGGUCGAAAUGUGAUAUUGCUAAAGUUGUAUAUUUGGGGCAACAGACGGACUGGUUCUACUCAGGUGUAUUUGAUAAUUCUGUAGAUACACAAAGUCAGGAAUUAUUGAAUAAGAUCUUGAAUAUUGUUGAUAACUCUGUGCCAACUAUUAAGCUAAAAACUACGAAGGAAGGAAUUCCAAUCAAGAAAGCGCCUUGGGAAUGCUCUAGACUUCAGCAUUCUAGGAAAGCAAAAGAUAAAGCUUGGCACUGUUUUGAUACGUCCCCCACACAUUACAAUCUUAUGUCUGCUAUUGAGGCUCGAGAUCAAUAUAAGACUAUAGAACGGGAAAGUAAGGAAAGUUAUGAGAUAAAAUUGGCUAAAGGAAUAAAGUACAAUUCUAAGCAGUUCUAUGCAUACUUACGUACUAAGAAAAAGUCCAAUCCUACUGUAUCUAAGUUGAAAAAGCCUAAUGGAGAAUUUACAACUAGUGUAAAGGAGUCUGCUGAUUUGCUUGUCAAAUCUUUUGCAACUGUUUUUACAAACGAGGCUUCACUCACUCGCGAUUGUAACAUGGAUAUUAUCGCUGUUAAACAAUUUGAUCCACUAAUAAUUAGUGACUAUGAUGUGAAAAAUGAGCUGCUGGCUCUAGAUGUCUCAAAGUGUGCUGGGCCAGAUGGAGUUCAUCCAAAAAUUGUCAGAAUUUUAGCGGGAAAUGAUAAUUUUGUGAGUGCCGUAACAGCUUUAUAUAGAUCUAUUUCAGACGUCAGACAAUUCCCAGAAGCUUGGAAGAGAGCAAUUAUAAUUGCAUUACAUAAAAUGGGGGCAUUUAGUGAUGCUGGAAAUUAUCGACCAAUUUCUUUAACUUGCAUCCUAUGUAAAGUGUAG